UUUUGUCAAGGGAAUGCGGAUUCUGUAACCUACAGAUGCUGCAGAAUGGUCUGACUCUAAACAAGAAGCAAUUUAGACACAGAAAAUGAACUGUUAAGCAAGACAAAUUUAGGAAUCUGACCAGAGACAGACAGCAGAAGAGAAGAAAACUUGUAGAAUAUGCAUUACAGAAAUCUUUAGAGGUCAUAAUCAUCCAGAUGAGCAGAACUAUGAAACAACUGGGUUUUAUUAAUCAGAAGCCUUGUGAAUGUGACUGGUUUAAACAUCCCAUUGAGCUCCAUUACCUAUGACUACAGAGUCACUUUUUGGCCGACUUGCUGAAAGAAACAAAACAAGCACCAUGGACAAAAACAAAGGGAUUUAUAUGACCUGCACUAUGAAUUCCACAUAUAUUACCAUGCAGCUGGAAAGCCAAGUCUUUGUCUCUAAUGUUGAUAAAGCAAUAUACAAAUCAUUUGCUCAUAAGAACAGGCUCCUUCCUCGGUUAACUACUUCGGUUUCAUCGCUGCAACAUUCUUGUGUCUGUCAGCAUUCAGCAAGCAAUCAAAAGCCAGAAAAUUUUGUUUUGGAAAUGAAUAAAGCAUAGGAAUCAACAACAUAUACAUUAUAUCCUCUUCCAACAAGGUGAAGAAGAAAGUCCUAGACACAUUCCUGGCUUGCCUCUGGAGUCUAGAGUUGCUUUUUAAAGAGUACGACAGCAUCAGUCACACAGGAGAUAUUCUGGAAAGUUUGUGUUACUUCUUGCUUUCUCAGAUUCCUUUCAUUUUACAUGCAAUCUUCCAAGUUCCAAUACCUUUGGUUGCUUCCACUCCUUUUUAACAGGACAUCUGUGAUCUUAAAUUACAGUGAUUCUGAUGGUGUGAUCUUAACUGGUCAGGUAUCGGUUCGCGUGUUCUUGCUUCAUAGAGAAAGAGAAGUUAGAACAUAGAAAGCAGAAUCUUAAACAAGAUAAAUCAUGUCUACAGAAGCUCAGAGAGUGGUGGUAAUCCAGGACGCAUCAAGGAAUGAUGUUAGUGCAGGUGCAAUCGGAUGGGUCCUGCAAGGCUUAUCACUUAAGCCUGGAGAUGUGCUUACACUCCUUGGAAUUCUUCACCAGGUUAACCCCCCAAUGGUAUACAGGGUCAGCGUGGACUCCAGCUCAAGAAAGAUAGAAGAGUAUCAACACAAUGAGGAAAUCACGAAAAUCGCUAAGCAGUGUGAAAGAGAACAGAUCAAGUUUCACAUAGAGGUGCGCACAGGACCUUCAGGGAAUAUUGCUAUAAAAGCUGCCACAUGUUUAAGAGCUACAUGGGUGAUACUUGAUAGGCAGAUGAAGAAGAACAAGAAAUACUUCAUGGAUAAUCUCUCAUGUGGUCUAUCAUGGAUAAAACGUGACAACACUAUUGAAAAGCUGAGAGAACCAAUACCAAGAGAAAACGCCAAACUGGCCAUAGAAACAUCAAAACCAAGAGACAGUGUUAUAUAUGAUGAAAUGAUACAAGGAAGCCCAAAGGAAAAAGUCUCUCCUCAAAGCUUAGGCAAAGAACAAGACGUUGAUGAUUGCGAUGAAACUGCUCCUCUACUACAUAGAAAAUCAUCCUCAUUAUGUAAAUCCUCUUCUAGCGAACAGCUGACAACAACGUCAGUUCUAACUUCAAGUCUAAGCCAUACUGAAGCAUCAAGCUCAAGUUUUACCGAUGUGAAGAGAUCCUCCAUCUUGCAUUUUCAGGAGGAAGACAUCACCACAAAUACAGAACUAGAAACAGUGGAGGAGCAAUCCCCGUUUUCUUUUGUUGAGAGUCCAGAGAGGGGUCAGAAAGAAGUGUGUAAUACAGGAAGCCCCCAAGACCAACUAAUGCAACAUAACCACAACUUUGAUUGGAUGGGAGGGAUUCCUGUAGACGAGGAAUUCAAGAAUGCAGUUUGCCCAAUAUGCAAGAAUAGACGACCAAAAAUAGGCUGGAAGAGGGACUUCACUUGUGCAGAGCUCCAAGCUGCAACAGAAGGAUUUUCCCUAAAGAACUUUCUCUCAGAAGGUGGCUUUGGUUUUGUAUAUAGAGGAGAGCUGAAUGGGCUGAAGAUCGCUGUAAAGCAACAUAAGAAUGCAAGCUUGCAAGGAGAAAAGGAGUUCAAGUCUGAAGUUCAGUUCCUCAGCAAAGCCAGACAUGAGAAUUUGGUCAUGCUGCUGGGCUCAUGUUCAGAUGGAAACAGCAGGCUGCUUGUUUAUGAAUACAUCUGUAAUGGUUCAUUAGACCAACAUCUAUCAAAGCACGCUCGUAGACCUCUCAGUUGGGAAAAGAGGAUGAAGAUAGCUAUGGGUGCUGCCAAAGGUUUACUAUAUCUGCAUUACAACAACAUCAUACACGGAGAUAUGAGACCAAACAACAUUCUUGUAACACAUGACUAUGAGUCAAUGCUUGGAGAUUUUGGCCUGGCAAGAACUCAACAAGAAGACUCAGAUCACUCCUCAGAGACAAGAUUGGUGGAAACACUGGCACCAGAAUAUGCAGAAUGUGGAAAAGUGUCAAAGAAGACAGAUGUUUAUUCCUUUGGGGUGGUGCUACUACAACUGAUCACUGGAUUGAAGACUACAGACAAAAGACUUGGUGGAAAAAGUCUUGUUGGAUGGGCAAGGCCAUUACUGAAAGAAAGGAACUACCCGGACUUGAUCGAUCAUAGGAUCUUGGACUCACAUGAUGUGCAUCAACUGUUUUGGAUGGUUAGAAUUGCAGAAAAAUGCCUGAGCAAGCAUCCUCAGAAACGAUUAACAAUGGAUCAUGUGGUGUGCGCCUUAAAUUACCUAAUGGAAGCGAGCGCGAAUUGCAGCAUCACAGACUUGUCGCCAUUACAAUCAGAUUCAGUGAAGAGCAUUCGUGGCUCCUCCGAGUCGCAAGGAGAUGACGCUGACGCACCUUCUAGCAUAGACAGUCGUAUUUUGAGCGAAGAAGGGUGGUUACUGUGCCGGCCUUAAUAUAUGGGCCUUAUUGCAACAUGGGCUUGACAAGGGAAGUUAUCGGGCCAUGAAUGGGUUAUGAAUCUGGACUACCCAAUCGCGGGCUGGACAUUGAGCAGUCCAAAUUUCAAUAAUUGUGUUUUUUUCAGAUGAACAUCGUUGGGGAUUGGGGUAAUCUGCUAUUGUUAAAAAACAA